UAUCAACCGUUGAAUAAAUCACUUGUACUUUUUUGAUUUUUCUGUUUCUUUGCACCUGAAAUUCGAAUUUCAUGGAUUACUCAAAUAAAACAAAUGUCUACACACAACCUCCGAUCACAGAGGUGCACAAUCAACCACCAUAUAAUCCUUCACCAGUGCCUGUGGGCUAUUAUCCUCAUCCAAAUAAUCAAAUUUCAUCCACUGUUGUCAUCACCCAGCCGCAACUACAUGUAAAUCCAAGUGGUUGGAUGAAUAUUCCAGUCGGAAUCCCAAAUUGUCCGCCUGGCCUCGAGUAUUUGACGCUGAUUGAUCAACUGUUAGUAAAGCAAAAAGUUCGACUUUUGGAGGUGGCCACGGGCUACCAACAAAACAAUAAAUUUGUCAUUAAAAAUGCCAUGGGUCAGAAUGUUUACUUCGCUGUCGAAGAUAACGAUUGCUGUACUCGCAAUUGCUUCGGUUCAGUUCGCCCCUAUGACAUGAAAGUGAUGGAUGUGUAUCAGAAUGAAGUCAUACAUUUCUAUCGUCCGUUGGCCUGUUCAAGCUGUUGCUUCCCAUGUUGCCUGCAAUCCAUCGAAGUGACGUCAUCGGGUCAAGUGAUCGGACGCGUUGAACAAGAAUGGACGCUUUGUUAUCCACAUUACUCUAUUAAAAAUCACAGCGGCGAAACUGUUUUGCGUAUUGAAGGGCCACUAUGUAAAUUUUCUUGUGGCAAUGACGUCGACUUUAAUAUUCUUUCUCUGGAUGGCACACAAGUUGGUAAAAUAUCAAAACAAUGGUCAGGUUUGGCACGUGAGCUCUUCACUGAUACCGAUUACUUUGGCAUAAGCUUCCCAAUGGAUUUGGACGUUCGUAUGAAAGCCGUCAUGCUGGGAGCCUGCAUGUUGAUUAACUCGAUGUUUUAUGAACAUGACAAAGAUUUCGCAUCAUCAAAUGAUAACGUUAACUAAAUCAGACGAAUUUGAAUGAAUUGGAUGAGCGGACGCUAUCUUGAUCACAACAAUGACCAUGCAUCAAAAUCAAAGGAAUAAUGAGUAUGAUGAAAGGAUAGGAAUAAUGAGUUCAACAACAAAAUUCUCAGCGUGAAGUAUGCGCGAUACCUGGUGAAUUCGAUAUCUGUAAAUAAAGUGUUAAUCCAAAUAUGUGUUUUUAGCACUACAUGGAAUGUAGGCUACUGUAGUUAUUCUUUUUUCCUAAGAAAAUUUUAAGAGUCUUUGGGCCAUUUUUUGGACCGGAAAUUGAUUCAUUUCAUUAUCCAUAUUACUUUUCCGCAAACUUUGUUUGUUAGGAAAAGUAUUGGUUUUACUAGCCAAAAUUUCAUGACAUCUCCUCUUUCGGACCACUUUAACGUCGCGCUAAACUUGAAAAAGCACAUAUCUGUACUAAGCAUUGUAAAUGGGAUCAAAUCCUAUCGAUAAAGACCUAUCU